GGCAUCAUGCUACGUCACCGGCCUUGGCCCCGCCCACCCCCGUCGCUUGAGUAGAGACGCACUCGGCGGAGUUCGGUCCAUCUCUGCUCGCAGCUAGCUAAGCUAACAGCUAAACCCCCGCAGCAAAGGCCACUGCGGGAAGAUGGCGACGGAAAAACAGAAACAUGAAGGCAGAGUUAAAAUCGGACAUUACAUUCUCGGAGACACACUCGGCGUGGGGACGUUUGGAAAGGUGAAAGUGGGCCAACAUGAGCUGACCAAGCACCAAGUGGCCGUGAAGAUCUUGAACAGGCAGAAGAUCCGCAGUUUGGACGUGGUGGGAAAGAUCCGCAGGGAGAUCCAGAACCUCAAGCUUUUUAGGCAUCCUCACAUAAUUAAACUGUAUCAGGUUAUUAGCACCCCUACAGAUAUCUUCAUGGUGAUGGAGUAUGUCUCAGGAGGCGAGCUAUUUGACUAUAUCUGCAAAAAUGGAAAGUUGGAUGAAAAGGAGAGUCGUCGGCUGUUCCAGCAGAUUAUUUCAGCAGUAGACUACUGCCACAGACACAUGGUGGUGCACCGAGACCUCAAGCCUGAAAAUGUGCUGCUUGAUGCACACAUGAAUGCCAAGAUUGCAGACUUCGGAUUAUCAAACAUGAUGUCAGAUGGAGAGUUCCUGCGAACAAGCUGUGGUUCUCCAAACUAUGCUGCUCCUGAGGUCAUCUCAGGAAGGCUAUAUGCUGGUCCGGAGGUGGAUAUCUGGAGCAGCGGGGUCAUCCUCUACGCCUUGUUGUGUGGGACGCUUCCCUUUGAUGACGACCACGUGCCAACACUCUUUAAGAAGAUCUGCGACGGAAUCUUUUUCACCCCGCAGUAUCUGAACCCCUCUGUAAUAAGCCUCCUUAAACACAUGCUGCAGGUGGACCCCAUGAAAAGAGCAACAAUCAAAGAGAUCCGAGAGGAUGAGUGGUUCAAAGAGGGCCUACCAAAGUACUUGUUCCCUGAGGACCCCUCCUACAGCAACAACAUGAUUGACGACGAGGCCCUGAAGGAGGUUUGUGAGAAGUUUGAGUGCACCGAGGAGGAGGUCCUGACCUGCAUAUACAGUCGCAACCAUCAGGACCCCCUGGCCGUCGCCUACCACCUCAUCAUUGACAAUCGUCGCAUCAUGAAUGAAGCCAAGGACUUUUACCUGGCGUCCAGCCCCCCCGACUCUUUUCUAGACGACCAGCUCCUGACCUCGACCGGUGCGGCUGUGUCCGGCAUCAUCAAGGUCCACCCUGAGCGUGUACCCUUCCUCUUGGCGGAGACUCCACCCAGGCCUCGCCACACACUGGACGAAUUGAACCCCCAGAAGUCCAAGCACCAGGGUGUGAGAAGGGCCAAGUGGCACCUGGGUAUCCGGAGUCAGAGUAGACCCAAUGAUAUCAUGUCGGAAGUGUGCCGUGCCAUGAAACAGCUGGAUUAUGAGUGGAAGGUCGUGAAUCCUUAUUAUCUACGUGUGAGAAGGAAGAAUCCCGUUACUGGGAUGCAAACCAAGAUGAGCCUUCAACUCUACCAGGUGGACAGUAGAACUUACCUCCUCGACUUCCGUAGCAUAGACGAUGACAUGCUGGAGGCAAAAUCUGGAACUGCUACCCCUCUCCGAUCUGGGUCUGUGGGCAACUACCGCACCACACUUAAGAACGAUGUAGACGGGGCAGACGCUCCGGCUACGUCUAGCACUGUACAACCCCCCAAGGCCGCAGAGGGCUCCUUAGCGUCAUCGUUGACCUCAUCCAUCGAAUCAACCGGAGGGACGGACACCCCGACUGUCCCUCGACCAGGAAGCCACACCAUCGAGUUCUUUGAGAUGUGUGCGAAUCUUAUUAAAUUACUUGCACGAUAGCUUGCAAAACAAUCGCUAGCCUUUUAUUCCUCUCCGAGUGUCUUUAUAGCAAUAAGCAUGCAACCGAUUCAUGGCUCAAUUCAUCCCGGUGGAGGAUGAAGUGAUUGUUCCGUGGCACUGACGCAGGUUAGUGUUCCCUAAGCGGACAGGGACUGUGAGGGGUUAUUUGGAAAGAUGAAAGAUGGGCUACUUAAUAGCUAGGACAGAACGACAUAUAGGAGGGGGUUUUUACAAUUCCCUGAUCAAUUUAAUGGUAAAAUGUCCACAUCUCACCUAUACAUAUAAGCGCAAGUGAUUACACUGAAUUUUCUGUACUGUAGCCAGUGAGCACUGCUUUCCAGUACAGAGAACGAGAUCAAGUUUUUGCCUGCAGAGGAGGAAGCCACAUGUUGAGGGUUGGGUGUUUGGGUGGCUGUCGUAUAGGGUGCAGGAAGCACUUUUGCACAAGUUUCUUUUAUUUCCUGCUGCUCUUGUUUCUUUAGUUUCUUUCUCUGUGGGGAAACAGAGAAGUGGUGCAGAUGAAUUGGGGCUCUGCACUGCUUAUAACAAGAGUUGUCAUGCCCAUCACAUUCAUUGAACUCUGAAGAAGUGCAAUGACCCCUUUAUUUCUGUCUUGUGUCAGGGACAAAAGAAUUCUUCAUCAGAUUUAUGUUUAGUUUUCUUUUUUUUUUUUUGUGUGAAUCUGAGUUGUCGGAGACUAAAUUUUCAUGAUUUGUGUCAUAGUUGUAAAAAAAAAUGUUUGAAUUUGUCUGUCCCCAACAUUUUUAUAUAUAAAGACAUGAAUAUAUUUAUCAGUGGAUGGAGUGUUGGUUCUAUUGGAAAUGGAAUUUUGGGUUGUUGUUUUUUUUGCAUCAAGAUCUAUUGCUGGAUGGUAUAUAUUUUCCUUUUUUACUGACUGGUUUUUAAAUCAAUAUCACAGCUUUGUUUCCUUCAAUCAUAAUUAUUCUGAUACUUGAUUGUCUUUCCAGAUAAAUAUAGCCUGCUUUUACCAUUUAAGAGGUAUUUUGCCAUGACAGUCAGAAUCUAGAAAUAUAUCAUUUUCAGUGUCACAUAUUAAAAUGACAAGGUGGUUUUGA